CGGCCCGCCCCGCCCCCCGCGCCGCUCCCGCUGCUAUGGCAACGCCGCGCCGCUGAGCUCGGGGCCGAGCGGCCGCCGCGCCCCCGGACAGCGGCAGCCGCACAGGAUUGGAAUCAGACGCCUGCAGCCACCCCGCUUCAGGAGAAGCUGUCCUUUCCCGAGAGCCACUCGUGACUGGGGGGAAAGAAGAUGACUUCUGCUGAGAAACUGCCAUCAAGUCUGAACACAGAGCAAAACCAAUCUUCUCAUCUGCCUCUCUGUGCAAAUCCUGGCAACCCGGUGUUUUCCUGUAUGCUGGACCCCAAAACACUCAUCGCCAAUGGUUCUUCAACAAAGCCUCAGGUUUUACUGUUUAAAACAACUUCAAGUGAAUAUGGUGCUAUACCACCUGUCUCACAGUUGGUACCCUGUAUUUAUCAUCCAGUGGAUCAAACCUUUUCAAAACACUUACUCACUUGUGGGUCAUUUGAAGAUAGUUAUUUAAACACUGCUAUUGACAGAAGUAGGGUAUAUGACUACCCCAACUUCCAGCAUACUCUGUAAAAAUGCAUCUCCAUCUUUUUGUCAUAGACUUAGACUAGACACUUAGCUUUAAGAAAAGAAACCUGUUAUUUCAGUCAUUCUGGGAAUAACUGUCUGUAUCUCAUUUAUUUUGGUUUUCAUGGCUUAACCCCAGCCAGCAACUAAGCAGCACACAGCUGCUUGCUCACUUCCCCUCCAGUGGGAUGGGGAAGAGAAUCAGAAGAGUAGAAGUGAGAAAACUUAUGGGCUGAGAUAAAGACAGUUUAAUAGGUAAAGCAAAAGCCACGCAUACAAGCAAAGCAAAACAAGGAAUUCAUUCACCACUUCCCAUGGGCAGGCAGGUGUUCAGCCAUCUCCAGGAAAGCAGGGCUCUAUCAUGCAUAACGGUUACUUGGGAAGACGAAUGCCAUCACUCUGAGCGUCCCCCCUUCCUUCUUCUUCCCCCAGCUUUAUAUACUAAGCAUGACAUCAUAUGGUCUGGAAUACCCCUUUGGUCAGUUGGGGUCAGCUGUCCCGGCUGUGUCUCCUCCCAACUUCUUGUGCACCCCCAGCCUACUCGUUGGUGGGGUGGCGAGAGAAGCAGAAAAGGCCUUGACUCUGUGUCAGCCCCGCUCAGCAGUAAGGAAAACAUCUCAGCAUUAUUAACACUGUUUUCAGCACAAAUCCAAAACAUAGCCCCACACUAGCUACUAUGAAGAAAAUUAACUAUCCCAGCCAAAACCAGUACAUGAGCUGAAUAAGAUGUAUCCAAAAGGAUGCAGCCCAUUUGAUGAUACACUUCUCAGUCAGACCUAAACCCAUGAAAAUAAAACGUUUUAAACUGGUAUCAUAAAUGUGGAACUCUAAUUUUUAGAAAGAGUUAAGUGCA